AUGCUGUCCGCUCUGGGGGCCAAGACCCAGCUGCUGUCUAGCUUUCACCCCCAGACCGCCGGCCAGACUGAGCGGACGAGCCAGGAGUCGGCAAAGACACUGCGCUGCCUGGUGGAGAAAUCCCUGCCCUCCUGGGAGGCCUCGCUCCCCUGGGGAGGUGUGCCCUCCUGCAGGAUUCUCAGCCCCCUGGUGUGUCUGAGGAGCUUGCCCUUGAACACAGUUGGAUGGCCCUUCACAAACUCCUCCCCUGCAGCCGGCACAACGGCACUGUGUGCCUGCCGCCAGUGCAUCUCUGUUGAGGAUGAAGACCCCUGGUUCAGGAAGCGCUUUAACACGUCCAUAUCGCCGCUCUUGUCACAGAAGAACGCCAUGCUGUCUGACGACACCUUUCAAUGGUGGCAGAGGCUACAGACUAAGAAAAAUGCCAACUACAGUGCUUUGGUGCAGAAACUAUUCAAGGUUGUCCCUGGGGAGGGACAUUACAACGACUCAGGGCCCAAUCGCUGCAGGACUUGCGCUGUAGUCGGGAAUUCUGGGAACCUCAAGGGAUCUGAUUACGGAGCCCUCAUUGACUCCAAUGACUUCGUCAUAAGAAUGAACAAAGCUCCCAUUUUGGGCUAUGAAAAGGACGUAGGGAACAGAACCACCCAUCGUGUCAUGUACCCAGAAAGUGCCACAAACCUGCAAAAGGACACGAGUCUGCUGCUGAUACCAUUCAAGACUUUGGAUCUGGAGUGGAUUACUAGUGCUCUGACCACAGGCACUGUGAAACGCACCCGGAUGCCGGUGAUGGCCAAGAUUAAUGCAGACAAGAAUAAGGUGUUAAUAUACAACCCCACGUUCUUAAAGUACGUCUAUGAUGUGUGGCUUGAACGCCAUGGGCAAUAUCCCUCCACCGGCUUCUUAACCUUGAUGUUCGCCAUCCACGUAUGUGAUGAGGUGAAUGUUUUUGGAUUUGGAGCAUCCAAGGACAGAACCUGGCAGCAUUACUGGGAGACAAGGAAAUUUCUCCAGUCAAAGCCAACCGGAGGGCAUGCUGGAGACUAUGAGUCCAUCACCAUGAAGCUGCUGGCCUGUAAAAAUAAAAUGAAGUUGUUUGAAGGGAGAUGAGGGUAACCAUUGGCUGUGAAAUGAACAGGACUGCCGAA